AUGGGGGAGACGCAGCUCCUCAUCAAGAGGGAGUGCGACAACUAUGACCUCUCCGCGCCCCCAAUACGCUUGCCCAGGCGGCAAGAGUUCAAGGAGUUGGACGACUUGCACGGCGAUUCCAUCGAGACGGUCACGGGCGGGGACACGCUCAGUGCGUUUACAGCUGGCCCCUCGAUGGAUGAGCCUACCUUCGUCACAGAGCCUUGA